UGGAGGAAGGCGCGCAUGCGUAUUGGCGGCGGGGUGGGGGGGGGAGGAGGACUCAGGUGCUCGGUUGGGAAAGUUGCCCGGGAAUCGAACGGCGGACGAAGGUUGCGCCGGGGCAAUUUCCACGCAGGAAAGCGCCGCACAGGAAUUCGCUCCGCAGCCUUCCCGGGAACGCCGAUCGAAGGCAGACGCGGCGUGGGCGGACGGUGCACUUGAGCGUCCGAUUCGUGGAAGGGGAGAUGCUGCCUCCGCCGCCGCUUCCAGCGACCAGGAUCGCGGGUUCCGCCGCUUUGGCUGCCCGCGGCAACGGCGGAGGGAAGAACGGGAAGGGGAUCUGAAACUUUCCAGUGGGAUGCUCCCCCCGCCGCCGCCUUAACCUCCUGCAUCGCUCGCUUUCUUCCUCAGUCGCCCCGGGCGCGCCUGGAGCCUGUUCCGCUACCGGAGCUCGGCGCCUUCGGAUGCCGCCUUUCCAGCUACCUCUCUGCCGCCGGCGGGGAGUGUUGGCUCGGCUUUGCCCUCCGCCUGCAGGGGCGCGGCCGUUCACUCGCGCUGCCCGGUGGCGGCGAGGUUGAGAGGGCUCGGCCCGAGCGGAGAUCGCGGCCGGAGAAAGUCGCCCCCGCCGCCAAGGAGGCUUUGGCUGCGGCUGCCGGUCCCCUCUCGCGGGAUUCCCUCCCUUUCUCGGAGGUGCGCGUCGUCCUUGGUCUUGGUUAUGAAACCCGCCGCGGGGAUCCCCUCCGAGUGAGCCCCUCCGGCCAAGCCGCGAGGACCCGCCUCGCCUCCUUCCCGCCUCCCCGCAGCACCGCACUGUCUUCCCCCCACCGAGAGCGUCCUCAGCCGCCCCGGCUCGCCAUGGGGCUGGAGGUCCCGCCGUCGAGCGUCCCUUCGAAGCCUCCGCUCGCCAAACUGAGAAAAGUUCGCAAGAGGCGGGAGAUGCUGCUGCAACAGCUGGGCUUCGUCUGCGCGAUCCUCUUUUUUGUUUGGUGCAUGGCCAAGCUAGGACAAGAGUCAGCUGUUGUCAACCAAAGUGUUCUGUCAGAAUUAUGGAGGAAUAGAAAAUUGAUGGCAUCCCAUAAUGAGUCACACAAAAAGAACUGCACAGAGCCAGCAAUUCAUGAAUUUCCUCAUGAUUUUUUCAACAACAAAGAAAGGCAGCAAGGAGCAGUAUUGCUUCACAUUCUUGCUGCUCUGUAUAUGUUCUAUGCCUUGGCUAUUGUAUGCGAUGAUUUCUUUGUUCCAUCUUUAGAAAAAAUUUGUGAGAAACUACAUCUGAGUGAAGAUGUUGCAGGAGCCACAUUCAUGGCUGCUGGAAGUUCAACCCCCGAGUUAUUUGCAUCAGUCAUAGGUGUGUUUAUUACUCAUGGUGAUGUUGGAGUUGGAACCAUUGUUGGUUCUGCCGUUUUCAAUAUCCUCUGCAUUAUUGGUGUCUGUGGAAUCUUUGCUGGGCAGGUGGUCCGUCUCACUUGGUGGUCUGUGUGCAGGGAUUCUGCCUACUACACUCUGUCUGUAGUAGUCCUUAUUGUGUUUAUAUAUGAUGAGAAAAUUGUAUGGUGGGAAAGCCUUAUACUCAUCAUUAUGUAUUCCUUCUAUAUACUUAUCAUGAAAUUCAACAUGAAGAUGCAGAAGUUCUUUACUAUCAAAAGUAUGAAUGUUGGUAAUGGCAACACUGUGAACAACGAACUGGAAGAUGGUAAUAAAUAUUAUGACACUAGCCACGAUGAUCCAUCCAUACCAUUGCUAUGGAAAGUGAAAGGAACACAAGAACCUGGACGCAAUUCUGUGGUGAUGGUCGAUGAGAUUAUUUGUUCCAGUCCUCCGAAAUACCGUUUCCCUGAAGCUGGCUUGCGAAUAAUGAUUACCAACAAAUUUGGGCCAAGAACCAGACUACGGAUGGCAAGCAGAUUAAUUAUUAAUGAGCGUCAGCGUCUAAUUCAUUCUUCCAAUGGCCAGUUGAUUCAGAAUGGAAGACAUGAGAAUAUUGAAAAUGGGGCCAUCCAUGCUGACAACCAAGAAGGAACAGAACACAUUGCCCUGUCUCCAUUCUCACCACCAGAAGGAAAAAUGGAAAAAGUUAAAUGGGUCCUGACCUGGCCACUGAUACUUCUCCUCUUUUUCACCAUCCCAAACUGCAGCAAGCCACGCUGGGAAAAAUUUUUCAUGGUGACAUUUGUCUUUUCCACAUUAUGGAUUGCUUUGUUUUCCUACUUUAUGGUCUGGAUGGUAACAGUGAUUGGUUACACUCUAGGGAUUCCUGAUGUUAUCAUGGGCAUUACUUUCCUAGCUGCAGGGACUAGUGUACCAGACUGCAUGGCCAGUUUAAUAGUAGCAAGACAAGGAUUAGGCGACAUGGCAGUGUCCAAUACAAUUGGAAGCAACGUAUUUGACAUUCUUGUGGGGCUUGGAGUUCCAUGGGGUUUACAGACUAUGGCAGUUCAAUAUGGCUCAUACGUUAAGAUAAACAGCAAAGGACUAGUUUAUUCUGUUGUGCUUCUUCUGGGGUCUGUAGCUCUUACCGUUGGCGGGAUCCACCUAAAUAAAUGGAAACUUGACAGGAAACUGGGCAUCUACGUGCUCACCCUCUAUGUCAUUUUCUUGUGUUUCUCGAUACUGAUAGAAUUUAAUGUCUUCACUUUUGUCAACUUCCCAAUGUGCCGAGAAGAUGACUGAGAAGUAAAGCCAAGAAAUGUCAUCUGGGUCUAUUUUGCUAUAAGUGUCAAGAGACAUUUUUACACUUCAACUCCAAAACUCAAUGUCUCUCCUGCUUCAUCAACUUAGAAGCAAUUUACCUGGGAGGAAAGGACAUGUAUCUUUGACAACACACAAGCUCAAGACUACUAAAGCUUUGUCAUCUGUUCUUCUUCCUCCUCUUUCUUCAUCAGGUACCCUCAUUCAGCUGU